AUGCCAGAAGGAGUUGACCCGGAAAGCGUGGAACUUCGAGACGGGCAGCUGAACGGGCAAUCGGACGGGCAGGUAAACGGGCAGGAAGCUGCGGAAAAAAAGCAACACAAGCAGCAUCAGUGGCCGGACCUUUGGCAGCCAGACCAUGGCGAAGCGCACUUAGUAGACAGCAGCGGGAAGCGGUUGCUCGAACCGCGCGCGUUACUAGUAGACGCGUUUGGCACGUUGGUCGAAACGGCGGAGGAGGAGACUAUGGUGUACGCUUCUAUCGGGCAGAAAUUCGGCGUGGAAAUUAGUCCAGAGGAGAUUGGGAGGCGAUAUGAAGUGGCUUACAGGAAGCCAUGGCUGCAGUCAAAGCUCAGGUAUGAAGGCGACGCCCUACCCUUCUGGCAUCACAUCAUUUCCGAAUCCACCGGCUGCUGUAACACCAGCUACACCCAAGAGCUCCACGGCUACUACAUACAAAAACACGCGUGGCGAUUCACCGACCCGAACGCGCGGGCCGCGUUCGCCGCGAUUCGUCGCGCCGGGAUCAAGAUCGCGCUCGUGUCGAAUUUCGACACGAGGCUCCGGGAUCUCCUGCGCGCGCUCGACUGCUACGACUGGUUCGACGCCGUCGCGGUCUCGGCGGAAGUCGAGGCGGAAAAGCCGAGUGCGGAGAUUUUCCAUGCGGCGUGCGACAUGCUGGGGGUGCUGCCGCAUGAGGUGGUGCACGUGGGGGACAGCCGGAACAAGGACGUGGCGGGAGCGAGGAGGGCCGGGUGCGGGGCGGCAUGGCUUUGGAAUGAAGACGUGCAUUCGUUCACAGAGGUGGGUUGUGUCAUGCUUGGGUGCCACGUGCUGGGGGUGCUGCCGCAUGAGGUGGUGCAUGUGGGGGACUGUCGGAACACGGACGUGGCGGGAGCGAGGAGGGCCGGGUGUGGUGCGGCGUGGCUUUGGAACGAAGACGUGCAUUCGUUUACAGAGGUGAGAGACGGAGCAUGGGCCGAUGGUGUUGGGACAAGCCUCGACCAACGUCAAAGUCCGUUAGCUUUUCCGUCAGGUGCCGCCCUCCUCCUGUCUCUCCUGCUUCUCCACAGCCUCUUAAGCCAUGCGGUCAACGUAGCUGAUAAUAUCGCGGAUAACGUAGCUGAUAAUAUCGCGGAUAACGUAGCUGAUAAUGCCGCGGAUAUUGGCGCGUCUCAACCCGCAGUCGUGACCGCACGGCCGGGGAACAAUCGACGAGCGCGCUCUUCCCCAGCAAGGAAAAGCCGCGAUGGCGGAAGCGUCAACGGCACUGCGCGGGAGGCUCCGCCUGCGCGGAAAGAUCUUCCAGCGCGGAAGUCUUCGCCUGCGCGGGGGAAAGAUCUUCCCGUGCGGACAACUGUCCCCGCGUCCCCGAGCGGCGGGGGGGCGCAGAAGGCCGGAGAUCCGGCGCAAUCGGGCCGCGCUUCGAAUACGACAAGGAACAGAGCCCCCGCUUCCGCCGACUCAAAGCGCGCCGCGCCGCCGCCGCGUCGCCCCAGGGGCGCAACCAGCGGAGCGGGAAGGCGGUCGGGAAGCGCGGAUAGGCAGCCGGAGAACGCGGGGAGACAGUCCAGAAACGCGACUAAACAGCCGGAGAACGCGGGGAGGCAGUCGGGGGACGCGGGUAGGCGGAGUAGCAGCGGCUCGAGCAAGAGGCGGACAGGCAGGCGCAGCGGGGCCCCGACUCGACCCGUGCCGCGGGCGUCUCCUCCGCCCAUUCAGUUCGUGCGGCUGACAACUGCGAACAACGCGACUUGCCUGGACGGCAGUCCCCCAGCGUAUUACUACCGUCCUGGGUACGGCGUCGGAUCGAACAAGUGGCUUAUAUACCUUAUGGGCGGGCGCUGGUGCCUCUCCCCCAGUCAGUGCCGUCUACGGGCCGACACAGAGCUGGGGUCUAGCAAGGGCUGGCCGAGGCCGGGGAAUCCGGGAUUUGAAAACUCGCUAGACAGCAUGGGAGCGGGGUUUCAGGGAAUGCUGAGCGGCGAUUCGUCGGAAAAUCCGUACUUCUAUUCGUGGAACACGGUGGUCGUGCUGUAUUGCGACGGGGGUGUUUUCGCUGGGGUGAAGGGAAAAGCACUUUAUGACCACUCUCAACCGUACUAUCUCUCUGGACGACCGAUUUUGAACUCGAUUCUGGGAGAUCUCAACAGCAAGGGCCUGCAGCGAGCGGAUUCCGUCCUCCUUACAGGCUGCUCCGCUGGCGCUAUAGCGGUGUCCAUGGCAUGUGAUGCCAUGGCGCAGUUCCACUUCCCCCGAACGGCCAAAGUCAAAUGCCUCAUGGACGCCGGCUUCUUCAUGGCAGUGUCCAUGGCAUGCGAUGCCAUGGCGCAGUUCCACUUUCCUUGCACCGCCAAAGUCAAAUGCCUCAUGGACGCCGGCUUCUUCAUGGUGUCGGUGGCAUGUGAUGCCAUGGUGCAGUUCCACUUCCCCCGAACGGCCAAAGUCAAAUGCCUCAUGGACGCUGGCUUCUUCAUGGAUUGUGCAUCACCAGUAUGGGCAUUCCUUCCCAUUUUCUGCUCGUUGCUUCCUCUCUUCCAUUUUCUUGUGUUCUCAUUCCUCCCCCCAUACACACCAGACAUCAGCAAUCAGUGCAGCUUCCCAGGCAUCGUGCAGCGAAAGUUGAUGCUGACCCUCCCUGCUUUCGCCUGUCCUUCUCUUCUCCCACCUUCCUCCCCACUCCUUCCUCCCCACUCCUUCCUCCCCACUCCUUCCUCCCCACACCUUCCUCCCCACUCCUUCCUCCCCACUCCUUCCUCCCCACUCCUUCCUCCCCACUCCUUCCUCCCCACUCCUUCCUCCCCACUCCUUCCUCCCCACUCCUUCCUCCCCACUCCUUCCUCCCCCCCCCCCUUCCACCACCACCCUCCUUUCUAA